AUGGUAGCAGCUGUGAAGAAGUAUUUUGAACAAGAACAUGGUGUCUCUCUCUCAGAAGAAACCACUACAAUCACAUCUGUACCAUUGGAAGGUGAAGGCAAGGUGGAAGAUCGGGUUAACAAGUUGUAUAAUAAUCUGAUCAAUCAUUCUGUAUGGUUGGAAGCUGUAUCAUCUGCCGACGUGAUACUAUGGGCUACGCAUUCUCAAGGAACUCCCGUUUCAGUCAUGUUGAUGCAUCGUUUAUUGGAAAGAGGUCAUAUUCAUACACAUCGUCAAUCUGUUGGAAUGCUUGCUAUGGCAGGGAUUUCUCAUGGUCCUUUCCCUUAUUUUGAAGCGGAUGCAGCUCGGGAACUAUUUGAAUUUAUGGAUUCUGAAAGUGAUAUUUCUCAAAAGUUCCGUAGAUCUUUGGGAUAUAUCAUGGAAAGGGGUAUUAAAUUAACUUUGGUGGGGUCUAUGCAAGAUCAAGUGGUUCCUCUCUAUUCUGCGAUUAUAUCAGCCAUCAGUCAUCCAAAUAUUGUACGGUCAGUGUAUAUUGAUGGACAUAUAUUUACACAAGAAAAUGAAUUCCUUAUUCGUUUGAUUACAUUUGCCUUGGGAUUACGAAAUGCUGGAUUAUCUGAUCAUGGAUUAUUGACUCAUCUUAGUGAAGUUUUAGCUGGAAGUUUAUAUGCUUUAGAAGGUGGUCAUUCAACUAUUUAUGAAGAAUUGGAUGUAUAUUCUUUGGCUGUACAACAUUUAUUUGAAACUGAUCCUUUAGGAAAAGCAAUAUUGAUCAACAAUACCCAAAGUUCAUCCAGACAUGAUAAUAGGAAGAAUAGUAUCACCACCAAUAGUAGUAGUACCACAGAAGAAUCCAAGAAGGAAGCCAAGUUAUAUCCAUUCCAAGCCAAAUCUAUCAAGAACCCUUAUUAUUUACCAUGGGCUAUGCGUGGGAUAUGUGAAGAUUCUCUGAUUUUGAAUAAUCCUUUAUGGUCAGAUGAACUGGAUCAAUUACGACUCAUGUUUGAUGAAUGGGAACCAAUAUCACCAAAGCUUCGCUCUGUCAAGAUCCGUUUAGAACCUUUUACGCUUACAUUAGUUUGA